UAUUAUUACUAGAAAGUAGAGAAACAGUGAGAGUGUGUGUGUUUGAUGUAGUAGGCCUUUUGUGUUCCAACCAUGGCUGUGUUCCUUCAAACACAUUACCCUCUCUCUCUACAUUCACAGCGUUACUCUUUUCUCUUCCCAAAUCGAAACCCUAACUCUAAUUUCUCCCUUCUAUUCCUCCCCACUCCUCCCGAUUACCAAUUACAAUUCUCCAAUGACCGGAGUCUUAAACACCGUUCACCGGCGUCACUCAUCUCCGCCUCCCGCCGGGAACCCUCAGAAACAACACUGCACAAGUUGCCCCAGGCUCUCGUGCGCCUUGCCUUCUCCGCCGCUCUGUUUCUCUGUUGCGGCAUCCGCGCUUGUUCGGCCUCUUCGCCGCCUUUAACCGCCGUGGUUCAGCAAGAAAAAACUAUUCAAGAUGAUAAUGAUCCAAGGAAAUAUGAGGACAAUGAUAAUGUAGUAGAUAAGGAAUUAGAAGCAUCAUUUAAUGCUUGGAAGUCUAAAACGUAUGCACUGACUGUUCCUUUGAAAAUUGUUGCUUUGCGUGGCUCUAUUCCUCCUUCAUGGGUCAAGGACUUCAUAAAUUCUCAAGGGAAGAGAAUGCAGUUCAAUGUGAAGUAUUAUGCAAGUCUUGAGAGGAUCUUCUCUGAUUUAUCUAUUCCCUUUACCAAAGGAAAUAUUGGCCCAACAUCUGCUUUGGCGGCUGAUAUUGUCGGUAUUGGUGAUUCGUGGCUCAAAUUUGCCAUUAAAAAAGCUAUAAUUGAGCCAAUACAAGAUGUAGAAGAUCAAGAGUGGUUUAAAAGCUUAGCUGAAAAAUGGAAGGUAUAUCUGCGCAGGAACUGUGAGGGAGAAAUGGAUCCUAAAGGUGAUAUAUGGGCUGCCCCAUAUCGAUGGGGCUGCAUUGUAAUAGCAUACAAGACCAAUAGUUUUCAAAAGCACAAGUUGGCUCCAAUAGAGGACUGGGCAGAUUUGUGGAGGCCUGAUCUUGCAGGGAGGAUUUCCAUGGUGGAUUGUCCUAGAGAAGUUAUUGGUGCAGUCUUAAAGUAUAUGGGGGCUUCUUAUAAUGCAAAUAACAUCAAUUUGGAAGUUAAUGGUGGGAGAGAUGGUGUUAAACAUAAUCUGGCUUUGCUUUCAAAACAGGUUCGACUCUUCGAUAGUGAAAACUAUCUAAAGGCUUUUGGAGUUGGAGAUGUGUGGGUAGCUGUUGGAUGGAGUAGCGAUAUUAUUCCUGUUGCCAAGCGCAUGUCUAACGUUGCAGUUAUUGUUCCAAAGUCUGGAGCUAGUUUAUGGGCAGAUCUUUGGGCAAUUCCUGCUGCCUCUAUGAUUCAAACGAAUCAAAUUGGUGGGCGCAUCAGAGGACCAUCCCCAUUAAUUCAUCAGUGGGUAGAGUUUUGUCUGCAAUCUGCAAGGGCGUUGCCCUUUAAGCAGGAAGUGAUCCCAGGUGCCUCCCCCCUUCUUCUUCAAGGUCAUUCCGCCAAUGUGCCACUGGAGUUAACCAAAGGUAGGCCGAAGCUAAAUACCAAUCUCGUUGAUGGAGCACCACCUCAUGACAUUCUAGAGAAGUGUGAGUUUCUUGAGCCAUUAUCUAAUUCAGCAAUGUCAGAUUACCACUGGUUGCUUGCUUCAAUCCAGGAACCUGGCUAUGGAUUGAUACACAAAAUGCGUCAGUAUAUCUCAUCAGUGGUUACAUCUUUUGGGUUUCUCGAUGUUGUUUUAACACUUGUGGAGGUAGAUUUUCAAGACUAUCGGGCUGUGAACCUAUCGUCAGGCAACAAUAAUUUAAUAAUGCUGGAGCUGUAUGAGUUAACUGCUGAUUCUGUCCUCCAUAUUGUUGAGAAACUUCAAAAUUCUCUGCAAAAUUCAUCUGAAAAUGUGAUUUAUGUGUUAGUAGGAAAAGAACCUUUGUUCAGUGGCAAAUUUGGUGUGUUACUAAUUGCCAUGGGUUCAGCUAGUUUUGUGGUAACAUUGUACCAUGUCAUAGUCAUUUGCUGCCAAAACUCGACCGAACAACCUGCGGCACAAACGGCGAGCGUCGAAGAGGGAAGUUUAGUUUCUCAUGAGAUUCCAUCACACAAGUAUGAGAAGAAAAAUAAUGAUGAUGAUUGUGUGACUUGUGCUGUGUGCUUGGGAGAGUUUGAGGAGGGUGAGGAGUUGAGGACUAUGCCUUCUUGUAUGCACUCUUUUCACGUACCAUGCAUAGAUAUGUGGCUCAUUUCACAUCUCAAUUGCCCUGUUUGCCGCGCUGAUGCCACGCCCUCUCCCGUGAAUGUUGUUGUUGAUCAUAGCAUAGAUAUGGUGCAAAUACUUGUCACUCACAACGAGUUGCAAAGUGGGUUACCGUGACCCUCAUUUUCUUUUUCUACCAAGUUUUUUUUACCUAUAGUAGACUUCUCUGUAUAUCUUUGCGGUUUAGA